AUGUCUCGCCCAAUCGGCCCCGUAGAGAGGUACUACCUCUGCCGUCUUUCUAUGGGCUACUGCAACAACGGCUUCAGCAUCGCCGCCCGCUUCAACCGUCCCGUGGAUGACGUGCUCUUGUCCAACGCCUUACGGCUUAUGAUCUUGAAGAACCCCGUGUUUUCGCUCAAUUUCUUCCGUACCAACCCGGACGACAAGAAAAACAACGGCGACAACUUCAUCGUUCACUCCGUGCUGAAAAUCGCCUAUGACCAGGUGGUCCAGCACUUGGAAGCCGACAGCUUCGGGCCUGAGUUGGCCGAGCGCUUGGCCGACGAGGUGCUUCCGUUGGAUACAGACAGGCCAACGUGGAAGCUCUACAACUUGAAACUCCGCAACAACGAGCCCUCGGCGCUUAUUUUCGUGUGCAACCACAUCCUCUUUGAUGGAAACGCGGGCGCCAACGUGUUUGAUGAGCUCCUCUGGUGCUUGGACGAGGUGGAAAAGACAAAGCCUUCUUCGGUGAGAACUCAAUUGUUCAAUGCUGAAUCUGACAACCUAGCGCCCCAGCCGGCCCUGGACAAGGUCGCUUCGUUGUACGAAACGCCGUUCCUCUUUAUGAUCAAGACCUUGCUUCUCGAGAUCUUCUUGCCCCACUUCCUCGUUAAUUUUUUCCGCGUCUUGUUCCAGUCCAACUUCCCCAAUACUUACCGCUACCCGGUGUUCAACCCGGUGCCUCCAAAAAAAUUCAACCACCUGGGCUUCCGUCUUUUGAGGUUUCUGCCUCUGGAGACCACGCAGCUACUUGUUAGGAGUAAGCAGAACGGCCUUACUUUAACGCCGUUUAUCGGGGCCUGUGCUCACGCUGCAGCCCAAGAACAUUUAGUGCCUUAUGCUAAUACCCUUCAAGGUUAUAAGAUGGACCAGCGCCGAAGCGUCAAUGUGCCCAUUGCGCUUUGUGGACGACGCUACGUGCCCCAGAACGCUAUCCAGCUGCGUUUCGGUCUCUACAUGUCGCAAACCUUACCGUUUGUGCCUGUGGACCUCACCACAGUGAAGCAGAUCGGAGAGAAUUUGAAGAAACAGCUUGACGCUACUAUGGAGUCGAGAGACCCUUUCAAGUUUGCCGGCAUGCUUCGUUAUGUGAAUAUCUGGGACUGGUUCAAGGAUGAGCUCAAGGACCCCAAUGCCAGAGGUGCCAUUGAGAUUUCCAACAUCGGAUGCAAGAAGUUUGUCAGAGGCCAUUGGGAGGUGACGGAUCUUAUAUUCUCGCAAAGCGUGUCGACAUCGCAUUUGACCUUGUCGGUGGUCAGCACCCCCAAGGGAGGGCUCCAUCUUACGGUCGCUGAUGUUGAUGAUAUGGAGCUCUGGAGUAACGGUGAUAAGAAGGUAAUGGACGAAUUUGUGGCGCUGUUAAAGCACAAUCUACUUUCUUGA